AUGAAUUCACUCAAAUUUAAUGAUAAAGAAAUUCAAGAGCAAAUUUUAGAUUUAUGCGAACAAAUAAACGACGGUAUUUGGACCGAUGAAACUGAGAUUUUAGAGAUGUUUAAAGAAAUAUUUGUAAAAUUGAAUGAGGAGGACUAAAAGUCCGCCCUCGUUUACAUUUAAACUAAUUAAUAAACCUAAAUAUAUGUAAAGAAACUUCAAUUGUAAUUUUUAAAUGCCGAAGAUCUUUCAACUGAAAUCCAAGAGGAUAUAGAUUAUAAAAAGAUUUAUUAAUAGCUAACACUACAUAAUACAGACUGGUAAUAAUUAAUAAAUCACUUAAGAUAAAAAGAAUUUUGUGAUUAAAACAAUAUCAACCCAAUAAUUAUAGAAAAUUUUGAAAUUCUAUAAAAACUUAAAGAAAAAGUAUUCCACUUAUUGAAUCUAAACUGUUUAACAAAAAUUAAAGAAUGGGGAUAUCCUUAUUUAAACAUAUUUAAAAUUUUGCUUGGGUUUAUAGACGGGAAUAAUGAUCUUAAUGAAUCCGAAACAAAAAAAUUAGAAAUGAUUAUAGGUGCUUUAUUAGAAGAAUAAGUGUUGUAAUUUUUAGAAUAUGAAAAUAAUUUAUUUUCGUCAGCAAACUCUGAAAUGAUUAAUAAAAUCAUUUCUGCUAUUUAGUUGGAAGGAAAAAAAUAUUAAGAUUUUUCAAUGGAAUUAUCCUCCCUAUCCUUUGAUUAAAAAAUGUUUAUUAAGUUAUGCACAACUCAAACAAAGGAAAAAGCAAUUGAAAAUAUUAAAAAGUAAGUUUCACUGUUACAUUAUUGCGAGAACGUUAGAUGGGAAUAAAAAAUAAAUCUGAAAAAAAUGGAUUAAAAUAUUCUGAAGUAUCAUGGGUUUGAAAGCUUAUACUUCAGCUUAAUCUUCUACUUUUGGCAGUAAUAUUGUUAUAACAAAUCUAAUGAAUUAAAUGAAUUUUAAUAAAAUCUAAAAAAAGACUCGCUCGCUAAAAUUGAAUCUAAGUAAAGAUUCAUAAAGAGUUUUAUUUCUAAAGUCAAAGGCAAUAGCUAAGAUUAAAUUUACCGUUUGUUUACCCAUCAUUCAAUUUAAUUUACAUUUUAAUAAGAAGAAUAUCUAGAUAAAGAGAAAAUAACUAUUUAUGAAAAUUUCCAAAAAGGUAAAUACAAAUUAAUUGAUUAAUUCUUUGAUAAGGACAUUGAAAAAAUUUUAUAAACUGAUUUAUAUUGCAUAUUAAACAAUUUAAAAUUUAUGCCGAUAUUUAAAUUGAAAAUGCUAAAAAUCUAGUUAGGUCAAAAGAAUGAAAAUUGUAAUUAUGGCUAAAGAAUAGAAUAAAUUGAUAUGAAUUAAAAUAAUGAAACCACUCUGAAAAAGCAAGAUGUUUUGCCAACAAAUUGUUCAUAAGAGAUUUUUAAUUAAAAUUUUGAUACAAGCUCAACUCACUAUUAGCAAUUUUUGAUAUGGCUUUUGUUUUAAAAUCCUUAAAGGGAAUUUUUUAAUAAAAAAAAAAAAGAUUUAGAGUUACAAUUUAUACUUCAGAAUAGCAAUGAUAUUGAUAUAUACAUAAGGGAAUUAAUAAAUCAAGAAUAAAAUUUAUCAUAUGGAGAAAUUGUGUUAUUAUUAGAAUUGUUGAAUCCAAAAUUCAAAAAAUUUAUAACAAGCAUCAUCAAGCUCUAUAAGAUAAGUUAAUCUUUCAAGCUUGUUAAGGCAGUAUUGUGCCUAAAUGAAUUUUUUAUAGAAAAUUAAAACCUAGAAGGAAAUCAUUAAGAAUUAAAGUUAGAAGAAACAUCAUAAUUACCAAUAGAAUUAAUCAAAGAGUUGUUCUCAUUAAACGAAAAAGAGUUAUAUUCUCUGAAAAUUCUUUUUGGAAAGAAUAAAUUUAAGAUACUUUUAGUUGCAACAGUCAAUUAAUAUUUAAUUUCAGAUGCCAAAACAAAAUACAUUUAUAUUAAGAUUCUUGAAAAAUUAGUCCCACAAUGCUCAGGAAAAUAUCAUGUGAAGAUUGAAACUUUCAGAGCCUUAUUCAUAUGUUUAAAACCUUAGUCAUUAAAUUUCUUAUUCUCAAGAAAUAUUCAACAAUAAAUUACACCUAGUAUUUUUAAAAGAACAUUAAUAAUUAUUUUUACAAUUAUGGCUAAAAAGGAUGAAUAGAUCUCAAAAUUUAUAUUGUCUAACUUAAAUCAUUUUCUUGAUAAGACUUAUUAUAAUUUCGACUAUAUUUGGAGUGCUAGGCAAAAAUAAGUGAUAGAUAAACAUAAUUUCAAAUAUAACUUAAUAGUAUUUUUAAACGCCAAAAACCUUGGCAAAUUAUUGGAAGAAGAAUGUUUUUCAUUAUUUUAGGAGAAUCCACAGUUUUAUAAGGAAGAACUGGGUAAAGUAGGUUUCUUUAAACGCAUCUAUUUAUACUCUGCUUAUUAUCUUCAACAGAAUAUCUUUGAUUAAUGUCCUUUAGAUGGCGGCUUUACUCUUGAAGAUUUCAACAUCUCAUUAACUGAAACAACUCCGCAAUAAGAGAAGAAAAUUGUUUCAAAUUGGAUGGAUGAUAUGAAGGAUACAUUAAAAUUUAAAGCAUUAAUUCCAUUUUUUUUUAAUAUUAUUAAGAGAGGAGAAUCAUCAAAAAAGUUGUUGUCAAUGAUAACUACAUACCAAAACCAAAAAAAAGACAAUUUACAAAUUAUCGGUAAUAUGAAAACCUUGUUUUAAUUGUUUUAUAGCAAUUCUAAUGAUGAACUUAAAGUUAUGUUGCUGAAAUUCUACUCAAAUAUGUAUCCUAUUCCGUUUAUUUAUCAAAAUCCAUCCUUUUUAAAUGCUAAAUCAGAAAUAGAUUUAUUCAAAUUUAAUGAUAAGCUCUAUUAUGUAUUUGAAACCUCCAUUUCUAUCAUAAAUUUUUCAUUAAGCUUAAAAUAAGCUUAAAUUGGCAAAACAGAAUUAAUCAAUUAAUUAUUUUAUCAAUAAGAAAAAUUUGAGACUUAGGAUACCUGCCAAAUAAACAAUAAUACUAUUGAUAUUAUGUUUGAUACAUAAUUUAAUGGGUCAAGAAACUUUACUGUAGCUGAUGCUCAUGGCUAAAUACCUAUUGAAAUUUUGGUUAAGAUUUUGCCAUUGUUUCGAUUGUGGAUUAUAUAAUUUGAUUCAGAAUAAGAACUUAAAGAAAAUUAUUUCUAGUUACAAAAAAUCAAGAAUGCUCUAUAAAUCGAUAAUCAUAAGGUAUGUUUUAUAAUAAGAAAUUACAAAGGAGAUUUAGAAGAGAAUAAAAUUAAUAAUGAUUAUCAGAAACUUUUAGAGCAAAUUAAAAAAGAAGGAAUAAAACUUCAUAAAAUAAUGGAUUUAGCUUAAAGAGGUUUGGAUAAAUAAUAAAAAGAGCUUGAAAUUUAACAUGCUUAAGCAUUUAUUUUUAAUGAGAUUGCUUAAAAGGAUUAAUAGUCAUUAGUUUCUAAUUAAGAUUUUUUAAGUAUUAUAUAAAAUUUUGAUACCGAAGAAAAAAAAAUUUCUCCCUAAUUCAUAGAUGAUAGGGAUAUAUUAAAAGAUUUAGAAAGUGAACUAAACAGAUUAAUUUAAAUGCCUUUGGGGUUUUAUGAGAAAGAAGCCUUUCCAAUCAGAUCAAUAGGAUAUUAAUCAAAGAAAUUAAGAGUAAGAGAAAACGAACUUAUGCAAUAAAGAAAUAAUUCAAAUUAAAACUUAAGCAUGGUUGAUAAAUCUCAAUACAAUAUAGAAAAUGAAAAAAUAACACAAUAAAUAACAAAUUUAGAGGAAUCAAUUAAGAACUCAGAGUUAUCAAGACUUUUAAAGAUGUUUUGCAAUAUAUUAAAAAAAAGGUCAUACUAUAUUCUUUAUUUAUAAUUCACUGAUUAAGUUAGAAAAUUUAAUGAUAGACACACUUAUGAAUUGUAGGAAAAAAAUUAAUAAAUAAAUGAUUAAUUAAUGAAGCUCAAAAAAGAGAGAGAUCAAAUAAAGCUUAAAAAGGCUGAAAUUAAGAAUGACACAGAAAAGCUAAUAUAUUUUGAUAAAAAAAGUAAAGAAAUUAAAUAAUAAAAGCAAAAACUCAAAGAGGAACUAAAAAAAAAUUUAGAAUUUAUAGGGUGCAGAAACAUUGGGAUAGAAAUAUUUUGGAGAGAACUGAUUGCCAUUAAACAAAGAAGUAUUGCAAACACAUUAAUCGAUCCAGCAGAAAAAGUAUAUGAAAUGAUUAAAAAAGGGGAACCUUUUGAAUUUCUAGAUGGUGACUCUCUCAAAAUAAAUGAAAAUUUUUUGGAUUAACUUAAAAAUAAAUUCACAAAUUUAGGAAAAGAGAAGGUUUUGGUAUUAAGUGUUUUAGGACCUUAAAGUUCCGGUAAAUCAACUAUUUUAAAUAAAAUAUUUGGCUGUCAUUUUUGGACAAGCGUUGGCAGAUGUACAAAGGGUAUUUAUUUAAAUUUAUUGAAAAUAUCUUAUAAGGAGUACUUUAAUAAUUUAUUUGAUUAUAUAUUAAUACUUGACACAGAGGGAUUAUAGAGUCCAAAUAAGGAUGAUUCUGAAUUUGAUAAAAAAAUUGCACUUUUAAUCUUAUCCAUAAGUGACAUAAUUUUGAUUAAUGUUAAGGGAGAUAUACAUCAACAAUUUAAAAAUCUAGUUGAAAUGUGCAUAUUUACUUUAGUGUCCAUGAAAACUAAUCUCUCUUCUAUUAAAUAAUUAAGUUGGUGUUUUAAUUAAAAUAAUGAUGCUAACAACUUUGCUCCAUUUUUAGAAUAGAUAUAGGGAAUUGCUAAUAGCUUAAAUUUAGAACACAAUCAUAAGUUAGAUGGAAAAAAUUAAACAAUAGAUUCUAAUGAAUUUUUGAAUAUUUCAAAAGACAAUAUUUAAAUAUUGGGAUUUGCAUGCAUUGAAAAAUUAUGGAGAAACAAUCAAAGCUUAGGUAUCAAUAAAGAUUGGAGAUAAUUAAUAAUUAAUGAAUCUUAUUCAGAAGAAGCUUAUCUUUAUGGGAUAAGGAUGAUUAAAAGUUUUAUUCAAAAGUUUGAAUCUUAAACUGAAACAUCUAAAAUGUAAAGUUUAAGCUUAUUCAUAUAAAAUAUAAAUACUAAUUGGUAAACUAUUUGUAAUUUACCUGAUUUAUUGGAAUUUGCUGAAUUAAUUUCAUAUAAGCAUGAUUAAUUAAUGAAAAAUAAACUUGAUGAAAUUUAUGAUGAUGACAAAUUUAGCUUUAAAAAUCAAAUUGGAAUGGAAAUUAUAGAUAAAGUGCUCAGCAGUCCUGUGUAAAAUUUGAAUUUAUUUAAUCAAAUUUAAGCUGAAAAAAAUGAGGAGCUUCGAAUAACGUUUUUCAAUAUUGAAAAAGAUCUUAAUGAAAAAUUGCUUUAAUUUAAAUAGGAUAAACAAAUUUAGAAAAAGAUUUAUCUUAAAUAUCAAAAGCGAUUAAGCCAGCAUAUUAAUAGCUCCUUAAAAGAUUCGGAAGUUAUAGUAUUUGAAUAGAUAAAAGAUAUCGAAAGAGAGUAUCAAAAUAACAAAGGAUUCAAGUCGCUUGACAACUUUAUUCUUUAAGUUAGUAAGGAUCCAGAAUAGCUAACUAAACUAAAGGACAAUCUUAAUUAAAUUAAUACUGAAUUUGAAAGAUUAUGGGGAGGUAUAAAAACUGAAUCGGAAUAACAACAAAGAGAAAUAUUAAGAGAGUAUUCUGCCAAAUAAUAUGAAUAUAUUUCCUCUUCAUUCAAUGAGUACAAAUUAACUACAGAUAAUGAGCAAAAAUAUGUAUCCUCGUUUCUUGAGAAUAUUAAUAAUAAUUCACCUUUUCGAUAAGAUUUCGAUGAAAAAUUUAAAAUUUAUGCAAUUUUCGAGACAGAAUUAUCAAAUUAAAUUUAAUUUCGAACAGUUCUUAAUACAAUAGAAACAAUGAGAUAUGCAGAGAUUUUUAAUUAAAAUUUAGAGGAUCGGAUGAAAAAACCUAAGACAAAAUAUGAUGUGAUGGAUAUUAACAAUUAUUACUAAUUUGUAAUCACCUUAGAUUUUGUUGAGAAAAACAUUUUGGAUGAUUACAUAUAUUAGGGAAAAAAAUAUAAAAGCUAAAAAUCAGUUAAAUCUGGAAAAAAAUUUAAUUGUAAUACAGAAGAAGUAGGAUUAAUUGGAGAUUUAAUACAAAUAUUAGAUAAAUUUUAAGGAUUAUAAUAGAAAUAAGAAUGCUAUGACCCAAACACUUUAUAAUAGAUCAGUAACCAGAUUUCACAAUUAUUGGCACUAUUGGACUAUUUCAAAAUUGAUCAUGAUAAUAAAAAAAAAAAAAAAAUACUAGAAGUAUUCUAAAAUCCCUAAAAUUGGAAAAAUUGGAAUAAUUUUUAAGAGUCAGUGAUAAAGGCUUUCAAAUCAUUUUAAGUGUCUUGUAAAUAGUUCUAAAAACAACCAUAAGCCUCCUUCGAUUAUACAAAGGAUACAUAUAAGAAAACUAUUAUUGAAAUUAAUAAAGGCUUAAAAUUAAAUACUACAUAAAUUACCUUAUCUACAGAAAAAUAAGUUUAGGAAUAUAUCCAAAAUUUUGAACAUAUCAUUGUAUUCAGAGAGACAAAAACAAUCCCUGUUUCUCAAAAAUAGUAUUAAUUAGAAGCCAGCUUAAAGUACAUAUAGAUCAAAGAAAUUAAUUAUUAAGAAAACUUUUAACUUAGUUUUAUUAAAUAUUUUUCAACAGCAAUGUUUAAUGAAAAUUAAAUAUAAUUGUAAUAAGAAAAUUGCUAAAAGAAUUGGUUUUCAAAACUUGAAAAGUUAAAUAGUUGGUAAAUGAUGUAUUUUUCAAUUUAUGAUGUAAUUAAAUCAGAAAUGACAAAAUCUCAUCAAGAAAAAAAUAAGCAAGACAAUUCUGAUAGUGAAGAGAUUUCAUAAUAGAACACAAGUUUGAUAAAAAUUAUUAUGUCUAAAAUUGAGUAGGAAAUCAUCAAUUAUAAUAAAUCUUUUGCUAAUUUUGGCAUAAUCUUAAGUGGAACUGGAGAGAGAUGUAUCUAUUAUUAUUCAAUUUUAAUAAUUUGGAGAUUUACUUGCUAUAAAAAAGGCAAAGGAGUUUAGGAUAAGCCUUAAAUAAAUUAAUUAGAGAAAUUUAUUGCUGACAUAAAAUAAAAUAAAACAGAACAAAGUAUAUUAAAAGCUAAGACUCUUAUUUCCAAUUUUUAUCAAAAUUAUAUUGAAAAAUUUUAUAGAGACAAUUAAGCAAAUUUUGGUAAAGAAAUCAAAAACAAGAACACUAUUACUAAUACACAAUUAAUAUAAGAGCUAGAUAAAACAAUUUUAGAGAACUAUUAAGAUGAUAUAUAAGAAAAAUAAUAUAAUGAUCAAUAAAUAUUCUAAUAUAUAACAGAUUAAACUAAAUUUAUUGAAAAUUAUGUGAAAAAUAAGGUGAACAAAAUAGAAGUUGAAAUCAAAGGUCUAUUUGAAAUUAAAUUAAGAAAUGAACUAAAAAUAAUUUUAGAAAAAAUUAAUGUUAACGUAUAAAAAUUAAAAACAUAUACUGAGGUAUAAGACCCAAUUAAAUCGAAAGAAUAUUUUGUAAUUAAUGAGAAUUAUAAGAUCAAUGAUGAAGAUUAUGAAAGUGAACUUUUUGAAUUGAUCAUAUAAUGUCUUCAGGGUGAAUCAUAAAUAAAAAGUAAAUAUGAGUUUUAGAAAGAGCAGAAGGAAAUCUUUUGCUUUGAUAAUUAUCAAAAGAUAGAAGUCAAGAUUUUUGAUAAAUCAUAGUUUUAAUAAUCAGAACGAUAAAUUUAACUCUUAAAACCUUUCGUUUCCGAAUUGUCAAAGUAGAUAAGACUACAUAUUUAAAAAGCAAAGGAAGAAACUUUAACUUUAGAAAAAUUUAUUAGUUAUGAAGAGAUAAAAACUAUAGAAUUAAAUAUGGUAGGCUGUCGACAUACUUGCCCAAUGUGCAAGCGCAAGUGUGAUUAACCUUAUUCAAAUGGCGGCCACAAACAUAAAUGUUCUAAUGGUCAUUAUUUAAGAGGGAUGAAUGGAGUGUUAAUAGAAAAUAUUCCUUCCUUAUUCACUUGCGAUGAAAUGGAUGACGAAUGUUUAAUUGUUACAUAAGAAACAAAUGAAGCAAAAAAAUGGAAGGAGAUAAGAAAAAUAUAUGACGAUUGGAUAUUUAAAGGGUUAGAUGAAACACAGUAAUUAGCUCUUAAACAAAAGAUGAUGAAAGUAUGGAAUUAAGGAACUGGAUAAAUGGUAUGUGAAUAGUUAAAAAUAAUGUUAAAAAAUCCAAGUAUCAAAUUUGUGCCAAAAAGUGAAUUAAGUGGAUAGCCUAAAAUGCAUUAUAUUUUUAUGAUUGAUGAUUCUUGGUCAAUGAAUUUCAAAAAUCGUUGGAAUUCUGCAAAAUUUGGUUGUUUAUAUUGCAUAGGAUAAAUAGAGAAAAAUUUUAAUGCUAAAGUGAGUGUGAUUAUUUUUAAUUACAAAGCUAGAGUUGUUAUUAAUUGUGAAAAAGUCAAUGUGGCUGAAAUGGAAAACAAAAUAACAAUUUCUGGUGGACUUACUAGUUUUGAGAAUGCAUUUUAAGAAGCAUAUAAAUUAAUUAUUGAGCACUAAAAUGAUGGAUUUGAUAGAACUGAAAUUUUAUUUUAUACUGAUGGGGCAGGUUUUUACCCUAAAAAAUCAGUCAAAUUAUUUACAAACUUAGAGGAUCGUGUAAAAAAUCAGAUAUAUAUCCAUUGUUGUACCGAAUAAGGGAAUGCCACAUAAUUAUAAUCGAUUGUAAAUGAAAUGUAGAGUAGUAAUAUUAAAUCUGAGUUGAAAUAAAAUUUUAAAGUUGAAAAUCUUUCAAAGACUUGGGCUGAAGUUGUAAGUAGAAAAUAUCAUAACCUAAAAGGUUGA